GGCACCCCACUCUCCACCCGGUGGGGACCACGAUGGGGUUUUCACCCCUCGAGUGGACCCCACGCUGCUCCAGCCAGAUUUCCGAAAGGGCCAAAUCUCGACCUCCUGGGGGACCUGUCCGAGAGCCGGGAUUGCGUCAACUGCGGCUCCAUCCAGACCCCGCUGUGGAGGAGGGACGGCACCGGCAACUACCUGUGCAACGCCUGCGGGCUCUACACCAAAAUGAACGGCCUCAGCCGGCCCCUCAUCAAGCCCCAGAAGAGAGUGCCCUCGUCCCGGCGGCUGGGCUUGUCCUGUGCCAACUGCCACACCACGACCACCACCCUGUGGCGCAGGAACGCGGAGGGCGAGCCCGUCUGCAACGCCUGCGGCCUCUACAUGAAGCUCCACGGGGUUCCCCGACCUCUUGCUAUGAAAAAAGAAGGAAUUCAGACCAGGAAGCGAAAACCUAAGAACAUAAAUAAGUCAAAGGCAUGCUCUGGUAACAGUACUACUGCGGUUCCUAUGACUCCAACAUCCACGUCUUCUACUAACUCAGAUGACUGUAGCAAAACCGCUUCUCCCAGCACACAGACUGCAGCCUCCGGG